AUGUCCGCCUGGAACCCCCCUGGAAAAUUGUCUCAGAAGGGAACGCACUACGUCCUUCAAGGCCCCGACACAGGCCGCUUGGUCGUGUGCGUUCACGGAAUUGGCGCCUAUUCGUAUUGCUUUGACAAGAUCGCGCUCGACCUAGUUCAACGGGGCUGUCGAGUCUUGCAAUAUGAUCUGAUGGGAAGAGGGUUUUCCCAGCCUGCAGCUGAUGCGGUGGACUACGGGGCAGAGGGCCAUGUCAACCAGCUCCGUGAACUGCUUGUUGAGCUGAGCUUGGCUGACAUGCCACUCGAUAUGAUUGCACACUCGAUGGGAGGCGCUUUGGCGGUUCUGUAUCUAGAGAAGUACAAACCAAAACCGGAGAACAACAUGCGACUGGUGCUGCUUUCGCCGGCAGGCCUCAUGAAUGGAGGGAUGAUCAAGAUGCUUCGGAGCUUGACGUGCAUGCACUGGUGUAUCGGACCGUUUUUGAGGUCUGGACAAGAAGGUGAAUGGCGAAAGGACUUCUACGAUCACCAGGGGUCUGCAGAGCUUGAAAACCAGAUGAUGGAAGCACAGAGACUUCAGAUGCAGAACAACCCGCAUGCUUUUGACGCUUUCUUCCAAAGCGCAAAUCACUUCCCCCUUUACGGGCUGGACGCAACAGUGCGGGCGUUGUCGGAGCAACCUAUCAAGACGCUGAUCAUGUGGGGGAAGCAAGAUCAGGCAGUUCCCUUCCAGCCGAGCUUCAAUCGAUGGACGACACUGCUUCCAGCUGCUGAGACGAAGGUGUUCGACAAGGCGGCGCAUACAUUCUUCCUUGAGCGCCCUCAGGAGGCAGCGGAUGCUAUCUCAUCCUUCAUUGGAGGACAAAACGCUGCAAGUUUGAGCACUGUGCCGAACUCCGCGUGA